CGCUGGUGGUUAAUUUUAUUUUUGCCCAUUAUUAUAUUUGGCAGCAAGUAACAGCAGUAAAUUUGCGUUUUAAAAAAACUGAACCUGCAUUACACACAAGGACACAAAUAUGCAGAAUAUUUUUUAAUGAUAAUUUUGAAGUUGAUAUUUUGUUGUCUGCCAUUGGAUGUAACAUUAUAUGAGUAAGAGAGAAACUGACAAGAGGAUACAGGUGAGCUUGAAGUUUAACGAUUUUUAACUUCACUAGCUAUCUUGAACUUUAAGAGUGCCGACUGCUGACUAUGACUACGAUGAUGGACAUGACUUGGUCAUGGUCGGACCAUUGACUAUUGACUAUUACUAUUAUAGUUUAUAGUAUUAUAGUUAUAGUUAUAGUAACAUAGAACUUAGACUUCACUUUUUUCAUUUAUAAAUGAGGUUUUUUCUUUUAAAAUUAAGCCACUUUUUUAAAAAUGGUUUCCCCCCCCCCCCCCCCCCCCAGAUCUUAACAAAUUUGUGCCCCUAAAAAUUAUUUUUUGGUGCGAUUAUUGGUUGGAGAAAUGGAGUGAUCAUGUGAUGUUAGGUAUAAAAAGAUUGGGCUUACCAAAGAUUGUACAAUUUACAAUAAGGAAUAAUAAUAAUGGUUAGUUGUUACACAGAACACAGAUGAGUUGGCAUCAUAUUUUACUAUUACAUUUACAUAAAGCUGUCAUUAGUUCCAAUAUCUAAAGCACAGCUGUCAUUAGUUUCAACAUCUAAAGCACAGCUGUCAUUAUCAUUAUUUGCAACAUCAAAAGCACAGCUAUCAUUAGUUGCAACAUCUAAAAAGCGCAGCUGUCAUUAGUUGCAACAUUUAAAGCACAGCUGUCAAUAGUAUCAUUAGGUCUCAUUAGUUCCAAAGUCUAAAGCACAGCUGUGAAUAAUCUUCAUGGUUUUAGGUUUAUGAAAUUUAAAAAAAAAAUUAAACUUAACUGAAGUUGUUAAAAUAGUGUUCUUGCCAUAAGCUGAACACUUGUAAACUUGUAAGACUUGUAAAUAAAAGUAAAGAAAAAAUUCUAAAAGUACUUAAAACUUGACAAACACAUCCUGGGAAAUUUUACUUAAUCAUGAUGACACAGUCUACAUUGGAAGUGAAAUAUGAUCAACUUUAAUAAUAAGCACCAUUUAAAAAAAAAAAAAGAAAAAAAGAAAAACAUCUCAGUAGGAAAAUAGACUCUAGAUACUGAUUGCAUUUAAUUGUACAUUUUUAAAAAGCUAUAUGUUAUAAUUAUUUUUAUUUGUUUCUUUCAGGACACAGUACUUGAGAAUGCCUAGGUUAAUAUCAAAAACCUUUGACAUUAUUAAACUUGCACUUCAUGGUUGCACCAACAGACCUUUUUAUCAUAUAGUUUUGCUAACAAAUAAAUCGCCACGUGAUGCAAAACCUGCAGAGCAACUAGGAACGUAUGAUCCCAUGCCUAAUAUUUACAAUGAAAAGGUGGUUUCUUUGGAUGUGGAGCGUAUUAAAUUUCAUCUUGCUAAUGGUGUUGCAAUGAGUAAACCUGUAGAAAAAUUAUUAGGUAAGAAUCUUGUAUUCCUUGCUCACCACAGGUUUCCUAACAUAGAUUUGGACAUUUUCAGGGCUUUCACCUUAUCUGAGUUUCCAGGCACUAGCAUAAGUUUUAGGGGGUCAUCAUUUAGAAUGGUCUUUAAAUUUUUCAUUUUAAAAGAUAACCUAACAUAUAUUAUGAGAAAUAUGACUAAUAAACUUCAUUACUAAAUGAUUUUAAGAAUAUGCGAAACGAGGUUAAUAAAGCUCACAUCACAACUGUAGAACUGGAUAUUGCUUGUGUUGUUUUGUAUUGUCUUAAUUCAUUAAACAAGUCAUGUUUAUAUUUUAUUGACAGGACUUAGUGGUCUGUUACCUGUUCAUCCUGUUAGUUAUUUGGCAGCUAUGCGCAAUCGUAAAAAAUUACAAGACAAAGUCGAAGAACAACCUGAAGAUACUUUAGAAAAAGGGAACAGUAAUCCUUGAUAAAAGGUUCCAAGAUGUUUUUGUUUCAUAUCCAGUUUGUAUUAAAAAGAAAUUGUGAAAACAAAAUUGCUAUUAAAUUUUGCUAUUCAUAAAAUUAUGUUUCUUUGUUUGUUACAAGUAAAUUAAAAUU